ACCAUCCUUUAAUUUUUCACCAUACUGUUUUGCAUAGGGUUCAGCUCACCACAAGACACUUUAUUCAAUCUUGUUUGAUCACUGGUAUGGCGCCAGCAAAAAUUCUUGAGCUUUUGAGAGGUGAUGUUGGUGAGCUGGGCAAUAGGGACCCAAAUCAGAGACCUAAAAAGGAAUUUUUCAUUACCUUGCAGUACAUCAAACACUGUAAAUCCAGAAUUAAAGCUCAAGGAAGACUACACAAGGAAGAUCACAUAUCAGUGGAUAUGCAUGUGAGAAAUUUGAUGCACAUUGGCCGAUUUGAAGUAGAUGGAGUAAAGAAUGAUCGCUAUGAUGGAUUUGAUGAUGGGAACUUUAGCCCAAUUUUAGUUUACAAACCUCAGGGCAAACCAGUGGUAGUUGGGCAUCCUAACUUUGAUUGCAUAAAAAACAGUGCAGAACUAUUUAUUGUUGGUUUUCAAACUAAAGAGCAGUUAGAUGUUAUGAAAGAGGGUUGCAAAACUGUUUUGUGUAUAGACUCCACAUACUCCACAAAUGAGUAUGGGUUUUACUUAGUUAACAUGGUAGUUCAAGACCCGUAUGGACAGGGGUACCCUGUUGCUCAUUUCAUCACAAAUUUUCAAGAUGAGGAAACAUUGGCUCUUGCCUUUGAGAGCAUUAAAUUCAGGUGUCCGAACUUGGAAGUCAAUCUUCUGAUGACUGACGAUGAUCAGGCAGAGUAUAAGGCCUUUUUAUUAAUUUUCCCUGGGACGAGACAUGUUCUCUGUACGUGGCAUGUCCGAAGAAACUGGAACAAAAAUAUGCCAUCAAUAGGAGACAAAGAAUUGAGGAGACUUAUUAACCAUAGUUUAGCAGUUCUGAUGUAUGAAAAACAUGAGCCAACGUUCCAAACUUUGCUUAUAGGUUUCAUUGCUCAGUUUAAAAGUAGGUGCCCUGUUUUCAUUGAAUAUUUUGAAAAGUAUUACAAGGAGAGGCCAUCAGUUUGGGCUUUGUGCUAUCGUAAUUUCCCACAUGGAAACACUGACACCAACAUGUAUUGUGAGUCACUGCACAACUUACUGAAAACAUAUUACAUGGAGAGAAUUCAGAACAAGAGAGUUGAUGACCUUACACAAAUAGUCCUUAGAAUGGAAAGAGACUAUUUCAUGAAACUGUGGAAAAAUAAGGCUGAGGGAAAGGCAGAAGUAAGUGUCACAGUGACACAGAAAAGGAAACACACUAGAGGGAUAGCUAUUAAGGAUGAGGAUGUGACUCAUAUUAAGGGUCAUGUCUGGGCUGUUAGGUCUCAGGAUGAAAAGAAGAAGGAUUCGGAUGAAGAAUACUUUGUGGUAAAGCAUAAUGAAAAAUGUCCCGUGGACCACUGCUUUGUCCAGUGUGUCACACAAGCAUGCAAAGGUUUGUGUGAACAUUUGUAUACUUGUACUUGUCCUUGUCCUGGGGGAAUGUGUAAACACAUCCACAAAGUUCACUCUAUCUUUCUCAGAGAGACUUCAACCACUAACCAUACAGACAGGGAGGGGGAAUUUUGGGAUGCAGAGGAGGGUGGGAAUUUGCAUUUAACAAACCCAGUAGAAGUGGAGGUACACUCCAAAGAAGAAAAAGAUAGGAAAAACGUUGAAGAAGUUCAAUCUCUUUGUGAAAUUUUAAAAGAUAGAUGUAGUAAGCCAGAAAAUUUUAAAUUCUUGGACCACAUAAAAACACAGUUACAGCAGAUGGAAGCCAUGACAAGAAAUACAAAUAAACAAGCCCCUGUAGUAGAGAUGGGAACUAAAUUUCAACCUACUAUGUCUGUAAACGGACCUCAAAAAUUAGUGACUCAAAGUGAUCUCAAAUUUAAGAGAAUAGUGACCCCUCUAAUUCAAUGUUACCAAAUCUUCCAACAAAACAGGCUAAAUUGUCUACAGUAAAGCAGGAAGUUUUCAACCCCUCUAAUUCAAUGUUACCAAAUCUUCCAACAAAACAGGAUAAAUUGUCUAAAGUAAAGCAGGAAGUUAUCAACCCCUUUAAUUCAAUGUUACCAAAUCUUCCAACAAAACAGGCUAAAUUGUC